CUCAAUUCAAAUGCCCCAUAAGCGGCUGCUUUCACAAAACCAAGCUUAAGCCCGACCUCAGGAAACACAUAAAAAGGGUCCAUCACUAUGAAGAUAAUUGGUGGUUUUAGGUGUGAACAGUGCGGAAAGUGGUACAAAACAAAAAACAACUUAGGCAGACACCUGAAAUACGAAUGUCAGCGGGAUCCCAAGUUCCAAUGUACUUAUUGCUCAUACAGAGCUAAACUCAAUUGCAAUCUUUUGAAACAUAUUAGAAGUCAACACCUUAUGUGAUUAGAAACCUAUACGGGUUGUGAUUUUAGUUUUUAUAGUCUUGGGUUGUUCUGUGAAGCAAAAUAUAAUGUAUGAUCAAAAAUCUAUAUUAAAGCUUGCA